GAGGUGCCUUGGAUGAGCAGGCACCCAAAAACUGGCGACUAGUAAGUUCUCAGCUUAUUAAAGUCCAGUGGGCCAGAAAACAGGAAAUGAAAAACAUACAUCUUACUAGAGAGCCGCCGAGGUUUUGGAUUUUCCACCUGAAAGUGAUCAGUGCCGGCGCCGUCUAACAUGGCAGCCCUCUUUAACCUGAAGGCCGGCAGAUUGGGUCGUUCACUAUUUUCCAAAACUAAAAGAUUUGUUCUUGGAGAUGUAAAACCCCCACAUUGUACUCUUCAAUGUCUGAUACUCUGCAGACACUUGGCCUCAGAAAUCUCAGAAACCCAAUCCAAUUUCACAGUCAGUUACCUCAUAAACUCAUGUGGGUUGUCUCCGAAGGGUGCAAUUUCAACAUCUAAGCGGGUCAAGUUGCGAUCCCUGGAAAGAGCAGACUCCGUCUUGGCCCUUCUCAGAGACCGUGGAUUCUCUGCAACCCAGAUCUCCAAGCUUGUGAGGUCGUGCCCACAGCUUCUCGUAACCAAACCGGAGAAAACCCUUUUGCCAAAGCUUGAGUUUUUCACUUCUCUUGGAGCUUCAAAAGAUGACCUCGCAAAAUUUCUCGCUUUCUCUCCUGCUGUUUUGGGUAUGAGCUUGCAGGAACGGAUAAAACCCACUUGCCAUUUCCUUAGGAAACAGCUUUCUGAGAAGAAGCUCGUUGUUUUUUUGAAGAGAGGCGGCCCGCGGAUUUUCUUGGAAGGCCAUUCGAAGAAUGUGGCGCCAAAUAUUGAGAUUUUGAGAGAAUCAGCAAUAAAAGCAUUGUGCAGUAGUAACAGUAAAUCCAUAUGGAAUCGUAAUUCUGAAGUUUAUAAAAGGUGGGGUUGGUCGGAGAAUGAUGUUCUCUCUGCUUUCAAGCGGUUCCCACAAUGUAUGACUAUGUCGGAGAAGAAAGUAAUGCAGGUAAUGGAAUUUCUAGUGAACAAAAUGGAAUGGCCGGCAGGAGUGAUUAACAAAUACCCAAUCAUAGUGGCUUUCGGUUUGGAGAAGCGAAUAAUCCCAAGGUGUUUGGUUGUUAAAGUUUUGAUGGUGAAAGGAUUUAUAAAGGAAAUUGAAAAUGUGAGUUUGUGUUCUGUAAUGUGCCCUGCAGAGAAAUGCUUCUUGGCGAAGUUUGUGGCCAGAUAUAUAGAUGAAGUACCUGCAUUAUUGAGUGUGUAUCAAGGCAAAGUUGAAGUCCAGGAUGCAUGACAUUGGUUGGUCAGGAGAGGUGAGAUUGUAAUAAUUUUAGCCUCUCAAUUGGUAGAAGCUAACAUAUCGCUUUUGCCUUCCUUAUACCUAAUAUGCUGUUGAUAUUCUAUGGAAGUAAAUUCAGUUGUCAGUCAUGGCCAAAGAGAAAUAACAUUUGUUCAUCUUCAACUCCUCUGACUAAUCACAUUAGUUUUAUAUACAUUCUUAUCUGAAAACCAGCUUCAGGUUGACCUGCACUCCGAGGUGCAUUGUUGGUUCUUAAAUUUGGAUUGUCUUCAUGAUUUCUUUUGUUAGAAAACAUAAAUUUACAUGCUUCUUAUGGGUUCGUUUUACUAUAUAGUUUAGUUUACUCUGUUACUAACUACCCUCUAGAAGCUAGCCUUUUUUUUAGUGGUCAUGGCCUAGAUCAGUAUCAUUGUGUCAUUUUGAUUCACUUGUGCUUGUUUCUUAGCAUUUGCCUUUUAUCAAAAAAUAAAUUGCAGUGGGUUGUGAGUGUUAAUUGGGUUCUUCCGGGACACAAAAUGCCAGCUUUGGUGGGAUUUGUUAUCAUGAGUCAUUUGGCUUGUAUUCUUAGUUAUGUGAAGGAGAAUGUGAUUCCGGAAUCGUUGUAUUCUUAGCAUUUUAUUCAUGCUGUGAAGUUAUGUCUUCUUUACAGCGAGUACCCAUCCCAGUGCACCCGAAUUGUUUGGUGAUGGAAUGAAAGUGGGAUUUUGUUGCAAGUAAUUAAAUGGCUAUUUAGGUUGAGAUAUGGUUGCUAGCCAUCCUAGGUAUAAAUGUUGCUCAUUUAUGGCCUAGUUUCCUAUGCCAGACAGAUGAGGUGAUUUAGAGCUUCUCUCUCCCUUUCUAGAGUGAUGGUGAGAAGCGAGAGUGUCAUAAGGGAGAUCGGGUGGAGAGAGUAUUUGGUAAGUUUCGAUCUGGUUAUAGGAAAGGCAGCCUACUCUUCUUACUGUUUAUAUAGGUCUUACAUAGUGCUUGAUCUUAUUUUUCGUUCUAUUGCUUGGUACCCUAUGCCUGCCUUGUUUGCAAUCAAUAAAUUGGUACUAACGGUUAUAAUCUCUUCCACAGAUUCACUGGUGCAAUUCUUCAAAGGUAAUCAAAAACCCAAAACAGUCACAAAACAGCUCAAAUUGCCCAGAUGAAACUUUCUUCUUCUUUUAUAUCUUUAAUUUAUAUUAGUCACGGUAAUUGUGUUUGUUUUCGUAGAAACUGAGUGGAAAAAUGAAAAGAAAAACAAUCACUGUUUCCCCUUUUGUUUCAUAUCAGCUGUUGCCUUAUUGAGAAAAUGUGACACUCCUCCCAAGCAAGUAUGUAAUAAAUCCAUGUUUAAGCUACGAGUCUGAUUCAAGAAUAUGUUGUCGAUUUCUACAGAAGAUUCUCAUAUUCGUCAACUAUUCCAUUGAAAUGCUUGUGCAUCACUUCCAUUGUCUGCUUAUAAAUAUUUACUCAGCAGUUUUUACUUGUGUUUAUUAGUUUGAAGAAGAAUUGUUGGUGUCUGGAAAUCUUGCUUGCGUACGUUGUUCCGUGGUUUAAAAUAUGUGAGCCACUGUCGACAUGGAUUGGUGAACGCAUAUAACGGCUGACAUGUCUUGAUGCAAAUCUUUUUGUCCGUAAGUUCGGCAGGCGAGGAACUCUUCACCUUGGAUUUCCAUCGGAGGUCCAUCUGUUCUUACUGAGUACUUGUAGCUUGUACAUUUAAGUUUUACAUCGGGAGAGUGUUACUGGACGGGCGGUCUAUUUUAAGCCUGUUUCAUUGUAAUUUCUUUGUCUUGCGCUGGAUGGGUUGUUUUUACCUUGUGCUGGCUUUAGUUUUUCUCCCACGUGCACAUGAGUCGUGUGCAUGGCUGCGCCUGACCCAGACAUUAACGAGGGCGAUGAUACUGCAACUUAAUAUCAAUGCCAUGGUAGCGACGUUAGUGCUCAAUAGAAAUUUCUGUGAUAUGUGUCGAUAUUUUAUAUCAAUACGUCAAUAUAAUGUUGUUAAGAUGGCAUUAAUGUUUGAUUAUUA